AUGAACUUCCUACUUAUUAUUCUGCUGGUAGAGUCAGUGCGUGCCCUGCACGAUAUAAAAGACACAGACGCUGGAUUCUACAUAAUACCAAGAAACAACAAUGUGGAAGGAUCUCCCCACGUGAUGACGCUGGCCAGUAACGGAGACUGGUACUUUUCUCCUCCGGAUUCUCCGAACACGCAGAUUUUCAUUUUCAGGUCACGAUACGGGAGAAGGCUGUGCCUGAAAAGCAACCGAAAAGAGUGCAUUCACUUAGACGACGUCGAGAAGGAAGACCUCAGCUUCUUCAAAAACAGGCGCUGCUCUAGGGCCGCAGAGAAGAACCGCAUACAAGUUGUGCCAACUGUCUACAAGAACUUCUUCAUGAUAAAGCUCUUUGACUGCCCGGAGCUGUGCCUUUACAGCCACCAAAGCCACAGCCUCCGCGGAGAAGACACUGACCCGAAAAUCUCCAAGUGCAGGCACUCGAACAUAAACAACCACUUCUACAUCAUCAGCGAGUUCGACAUGCAGUACUACUUCAAGACAGGCCACAGAAGUUUUACAGAAGUUGCUGAAGACGUUGACGAAACACUUUCCCCAAUAAAGACGCAGUACAUUACCAAGCCAGGAGCUGUCUUCCUGAAGAACGAGAUGCACGGAAACCGCUACCAAUUCACAGGGAAAAUGGCAGACGCAGAAAAAAACGAGAGUCUUCAGGUUCUCCCCCAGGUCAUGCCUGCCCUCUGCAGCUCCCACGCGGAUACCUUCCUAAAGAAUUCAGCAGGACAGCCCAUGAUUUUCAGAAGCCCCCAGUCUUUUGUUAUGGACUCUUCAGGACAUAUGUACAGGAUGUAA